AUGAGCUCAUGCGAAUUUGAUAAAAUGAUAAAGAAUGAUGAGUUUAAAGCAUUUCAUAAGUAUAAGGAAAAUGAGAAUGAAGUGAGUAAACUAUCUAUUAGCGAAAUGCAAAAAAAAAAUGGAAAUGAAAUAAUGGAAAUGAAUAUGGAUAUGUAUACGAAUAAAUAUAUGGAUACACAUACAAGUAAAGGAGUUCAAAAGGGAACUGUCAUAAAUGAUUAUAUAGUAAAUGGAAAUGAUAAUGUUCAGUCUGUGAGGAGCAAAUGUAAUUAUAAUAAAAAAGUGGAUAAGAGGUCUAUUCCAAGUGGUAUGGAAAAUAGUAGGAAUUACCAAAAGGAAAUAAUAUGCACCUCAGAAAGUGAAAUUGAGGAGGAUAUGGAAGAUGAUGAUGAUUCAAGUUGCAUAGAAGAAUAUAUUUCAAAUGAGGAUAAUUCAUAUUACUCCCUUUAUGAUGGAUAUAAAACGAAUUAUAUAAUGGAAUCUUUAUUAGAUAAAAAUUCGUUUGUUUACUUUUUGGUUCCUUUUAAUAAAUAUAGUUAUACAAAUUAUUAUACAAAUUGGAACAAGUUAAGUUUUCGUAUGUACGCUUCUUUAAAUUCAGUUAACAAGAAAGUUUUAAAAAGAAAGAGGAAUAUAAACUAUGCUAAGAAUUCAAGAAUUGGUAAUGGAGACAAUGUUAGUGGGAGCAACAUAUUAACAAAGUCUGAAAAUAUAUUUUGUAAUCCUUUUUUAACAGAUCAUUGGAACGUAGGAGAAGGAAGAAGAAUAAGAAGAAAUGCUGCACACACUUUUGUAGAAAGGAACGUAUAUAACAAAACAAUGCAAGGUGAGGAUGAAUUAACACAGAAUAUUGAUGAUGAUUCUAAUCAGAUUAGUGAUAAUUUGAGAGAAAUAGAGGAUGUAAAUUUUAGAAAUCCACUUAUUAGCAUUUUGAACAAUUUUUUGUAUUUCCUCCUGUUAAGUGAAUUUUUUAAUUUUAAUGAACUAUUCAAGUUAAUGACAUUAUGUAAAUGUUCACAGGAAAUUUUUAACCGUUUUUUUUACAUCAAUGUGCAUAUAAAUCCAUUCAGACAAAAUGUUAAGGAUAUUAUCAAAUUUUUAAAUGAAAAUAAGGAAUAUCAAUUUCAAAUAUUGAAAGGGGCAAACUAUUUCCAAAACGAUUUAGAAAAAUCUUACGACCAGAAGAGAGAACUAUUAAUUUCAGAAUCAUUUAUUUCCCAUCCGUUGAAAUAUCAGGAAAUUGGUUUAUUAGAUGGAUAUGAGAACAAGGAUGAGAGGAAUAAUGAUCCACUAGAACAUUGUCAGACAGAAAACAGCGAACAACACAAUGUGAAAAAAAUAGAAACUCUUUGUAGUCAUAACACAGAUGUGGAAGUAGAAAUGAUAAUGGCUAGUCAUGAUCAUAAAAACACAGAAACUAGAAGGGAGCAAAGUACAUUUAGCCAUGAAUAUGUAAGCAAAGCAGAUAGAAAAAAUGUGGCCCAAAAUAAUUUUUAUGAAAAAAUAAAUAAUAUUGUAAAAAUCAAUGAUAAAGUUCUUUAUACGAAUAAUAUUAUGAACAUUAGAUAUUUACUUAGUUUUUAUGAAUUCGUCAGAAUAUAUUUAAGUAAAUUUAACAGAGAACAGGUACAUUUUUGUAUUACCAAUGAAAAAUUCAAACGCAAUUCAAACAGAAGAAGAGAAAAUUUUUACAAUGACGUGUUUCCAUAUGGCAACAAAGUCAGCUCCUUUGAAUACAAAAUCAAAUUAAAGAAGCAUGUUCAGAGGAGGUGGAAUUUGAAAAGCAAUUACGUUCACGAAAAUUAUUUUUUCCAUAGAUCCAGGUGCUCCUCCAGUGGGGUUAGUGGCGAUUUUUCCUCCACCCCUGAUUGUGCCACAAAUUGUGCCACAAAUUGUGCCACAAAUUGUGCCACAAAUUGCACGUCUCCUGGUAUAUUAAAACUGGUUCAAAACAAACAGAGUGAUCUGUACCCAUCCGUUACUUCUUUCCUAUCCAUAGACAAGUGUGGACAUGUAAACUUAUGGAAAAUCGAUGAUGUCAAUUCUCUUCUCCCGAUUCAUUUACUAGAAACCCAGUUAACAUGUGAUGAGGAAAAUGCUUUGAUUCCACGCGAUGUGAUUAAUCUAGGAAAUGAUAAAUUUAUGGUAGCAGAUGAUUCAUCUAUUUAUCUUUUUUAUUUGAAAGGUACGUUAGCUCACAAAACAUUGGCGAAAGGAGUGACAAGAAUUGACACGAAUUUAAUGGAAGAAGGUGGUAAAAUAAAAAACAUAAUUCUGAGCGACAAGGAGAAAUGUAGCAUCGGAUUGAGCAAGGCUAUAUGCUACAGGAUAGACAUAGAAAGUGGAAUGGUAGAAAGUAACAAAAGACUAGUAGAAGAUUUACAAAAAAUUAAACGCUUUGAUUGUAACACAAAUAUCGUUAUGAGUAAAAAAAAUAUCCUAAUUGAUGACAAGAGAAUAUCAAAUUAUGUAUCGUAUGUGAAUUACAAUUUAAUAGAUUAUGAAAAUGAUAAAAAAUAUUUCAAUAGUGAGAAUUAUUUUUGUGAUUUAAGUUUAACUGGAAUUUCCUUAACUUCACUAAAUUCUAAUAAUUCCAUUUUUUUAUUCGAUUUGAGAUAUAAGUACCCAACCACAUGCCUACAUUACGAGAGUGUAAUAAUAGAAACUUAUAGUUCACGGAAAAAUGAAAAGAUUAAAUAUUUGAAUUAUCUGAAAAGGAAUUACAGCUCCAAGUUUUAUUCACGUCAUAAAAAAUACUGUGGUUUUCAUGAUAACAUUAUAUUAACUCCCCUAGUGACUAAUAAAAAGGAGAAAAUAAAAAAAAUGGAUGAAAAUUUUGUUAAAAAUAAAAUUUACUCUGAUGAGUCAUUUAUUUACACUAUUGUUAAAGAAGCCCAAGAAAACGAGAUAGAAGAAAAUAAUUUACCCACGUCUUAUUUAAACAUGUGGAGAUGGUGUGACAAAAGACAAUUUAAAACAUUUUUUCAUUAUCAUGAGGAUAUAGCAAAUACUAGAACAGAUUAUUCCUAUUUUUUAAAUUCAUCCAUUUUGAAUGAUGAAUCAUCGUAUACAAACUCUAACCAACCCAAUUUGGGAAAAACAUCCUUUUGUGGUAGUGAAGGAAGUUUCGCUAAUACAGGAUCUUAUUUUUACAAAAAACUUAUUUUUGAUGAAAUAUAUAAAUUUGUUGAUGCCCCCAAUCAUUUAUUCCUUACCUAUGAAUAUUCGAAUCAUAUACACUGUCUUGUAUCUCCCUGUCAUAACCUCGGAUUGAAUAGUUCUUUGAAAGAGGCACCAUUUUUCAUGCAUCCGACGAAUCUUUGA